ACGGGGCGAGCGAGCGGCUUAUGGAGGAGCCGGAGGGGUUGCCUGCCCUCGCGCCUGCGCCGUGCUCGCCUCCCGGCCGGAUCAUGUAUGUGGCCGGGACGGAGGCUGCGGCGCGCUUUUGCGCCUUGAGCGGCUCUUGGGUUUGUCGCUGCUUCCCAGUCCUCGCCCCGGCCCGCGCCCGCUUCUUUGGUGGCUGCCGCCGGUGCCAUGAUCAGACAGGAGGCUUCGUCCUCUUACCAGGAGCUGAGUGAUGAUGUGGAACACAUAGCUGUCAAUGCGCAGCCUUCAGAGGAACAAGAUGAGGAUCAGGAAGACGCCGGUUCAACUAUCCUGCCAGUCCUAGACAACACUGCUUCGGUGCAUUUCAGCAAGUCCUGCCUGAAGAAUGUCUUCUCCGUCAUCCUCCUCUUCAUCUAUCUCUUGCUUAUGGCUGUAGCCAUCUUCUUGGUCUACCAAACCAUCACCGACUUCAGGGAAAAGCUCAAGCACCCAGUUAUGUCUGUCUCUUACAAAGAGGUGUCUACUUACGAUGCCCCAGGCAUUGCCCUCUAUCCAGGCAAGGCUGAACUGCUCACCUGCAAGCACCACUACUAUGAUUACAUUCCACCUCUGGUGAACCCUGGUCAGCCAGGAGAAAUUGAAUGCACAACACAGAGAAUCAACUAUACGGAUCCUUUUACUAAUCAAACCAAGAAACAUGCUGUUGUUGUUGAAGGGCCUCGGGAUGUGAAGAAACGAGAACUGGUCUUCAUGCAGUUCCACCUCAAUGAGACAGACCAGGAUUUCAGCGCAAUAGACUACCUCCUUUUUUCUUCCUUCCAGGAGUUCCUCAACAGUCCAAACAAGUCAGAGUUUAUGAAGGAUUGUGAGAGCUCCUACUCUAGUUGGAAGUUCUCCGGCGGCUUCCGAACCUGGGUCAAAAUGUCUUUGGUGAAAACGAAAGAAGAAGAUAGCAGAGAGACGGUUGAAUUCAGACAGGAGAUCAGUGUGGUUAACUAUAUUGAGCGGAGGAAGAAUUCAGGAGGUGACCAGCUGUUCUUUGUGGUAUUUGAAUGGAAAGACCCUUUUAUUCAGGAAGUACAAGAUAUUAUCACUGCAAAUCCGUGGAACAUGAUUGCUCUUCUGUGCGGCAUUUUCCUGGCUUUGUUUAAAGCAGCUGAUUUUGCCAAACUCAGUGUGAAAUGGAUGAUAAAAAUCCGAAAACGGCACCUCAAGAGAAAGAGUCAAGUUUUGAACCACAUAAGCUGAGGAGUUAAGCCCCCACUGGGUCUUCUGCUGCACUGGAGAACACAAAUGACAUAAAGACUAAACCAGUACAGCAGUUGUCCUGCACAGGAAACAACUCAACUGAUAGAAGGGCUGCUUACUUUGCUGGACUAUAAAUGAACCUGACACUUGAAGUUUUAGCAAUCUACUAACUUUUAUAAGAACUCCUACUAAACCCAUGUUCUUUGCUAGUUGAAAAAAGAAGAGCUCUUUUACUAAGCUGUUGUGAGAUGGUACUUUUUCAGGGAUACUCCUGAAAAAGUAUUUGAUCUCUGUAACUCACAAUCAGUAUGAAUGGGCAGGACCUGUAGCAGUGAAGCAAAUGUGUGUCAGAAUUAAAAUGGAAUGUUGCACUUAAGGACUUUAAAACAUUAAUGCAUUUGCUAAAUCCCGUUCAGUGCUUUAGGCCCAGUUUUAGUCUCAGUGUGAUCAUUUAAUAGCUAAGGAAAAAGCACACCUGCUUUGAGACCCUCAACGAAAAGGAGCUUCAAGAGUGCACACGUGACCUGCUCUGAAGCAUGUGACAAAUGUGUUUCAGAUACUGCUCCGAUAGACACACUCCAAGGGCUAAAAAUACAUUGUUUUUGCCAGGUGUGCACUGGGAUGUACACUGAUUUUAAGUGAUCCAUAGCUGUGCUGCAGACGAGUUGGAUGUCAUGCAGCUGCCCAGUGUUGGUCAAAGAGUCCUUUCAUGUUCAAACCUGAAGCAUUACAUUCUCACUCCUUCACGUAUUCAGAUGCUUAAUUGCUAACAGAAUACAGUGGGUCUCAAAAACGACUCUUCACCAAAUAGAACACAAAGGAGCCUUCUUUAUACACUAGAACUCUGAAAGCACUGGAAUUUUAGCAAAUAUACCGAUUGAUUAAAAAAAAAGGCAUUUAAUUGUGCUGAAGGCUUUUUCAAUAAAAUCACGUGUGUACUA